UCUGUUUAGAGAGAAACAUGAAGCGAGGGAGACGAUGCUUCGGUGGCAACAGAAGCAGAAAGCGCACCCGCCCAACACCGCAACAGCUACAGGAGAUGCCUUUGGAGGUUGAGGCAGGGUCAGAGGGUAAAGGCUGUAUACCCAGCAUCCUCGAUGUUAGAGUACACAGCCAUCUUGGAUCUGCGAGGAGAAGAGAAAUUAAUGCGGUGACUAACAGCAUGUUUAGUGCUACCAGAAAGAGGUUUGUAGAAGGGGUGGAGAGUGACUACCCCGAUGACACAGUGUAUUAUGGCCAGACAUCCAUGUUCCCUCAUCCAUCAGACAAAGACAUGCUGGCAUCUCCAUCCCCAUCGUCGUCAGGUCAAUUGUCGCAGCUUGGUGCCAGUUUAUACGGGCCACAAAGUGCCCUAGGGUUCCCUAUGAGGGGCAUGAGCAACACGGCUCAGUUGAAUCGUAGCUUACCACAGGGCAACCAGCUACCGAGCCACGUUACCCCUGCCUCUGGAGUCGCCCCCACAAUGUCCAUCCAUACUCCUCCAUCGCCAAGCAGGGGCAUCCUGCCCAUGAACACGCGGAACAUGAUGAACACCCCUCAGCAGGUGGGGCGCCAGGAGGUCAUGGUGGGGGGCAUGCCUAGUGGGGGCAGGACCAACAGCCUGGGCAGCUCGGGCCUGGGCAGCCCUAACCGUGCCUCUCCCAGCAUCAUCUGCAUGCCCAAGCAACAGCAGUCACGGCAACCUUUCACCAUCAACAGUAUGUCGGGGUUUGGAAUGAACCGGAAUCCAUCGUUCGGGAUGAACAACUCGUUACCCAGCAACAUCUUCAACGGAACAGAUGGAAGUGAAAACGUGACAGGUCUGGACUUGUCAGACUUCCCAGCGUUAGCAGACCGGAGUCGGAGGGAAGGAGGUGGGAACCCUACUCCUCUCCUCAACCCACUGGCUGGGAGGGCUCCUUAUGUUGGAAUGGUCACCAAACCCUCAAACGAACAGUCCCAAGACUUCUCCAUCCAUAACGAGGACUUCCCUGCACUGCCUGGUCCCAACUACAAGGACCCCACGUCGAACAACGACGACAGCAAAACGAAUCUAAACUCUUCAGGUAAGACUUCCAGCAGCACAGAUGGGCCCAAGUUCCCCGGGGACAAGAGCUCAACAGCCCAGAACAACAACCAGUUGAAGAAAGGCAUACAGGUGUUACCGGACGGUCGUGUGACGAACAUUCCCGGGGGCAUGGUAACAGACCAGUUUGGGAUGAUUGGCUUGUUAACGUUCAUCAGGGCAGCGGAGACGGACCCUGGCAUGGUGCACCUGGCACUGGGCAGUGACCUGACAACACUAGGACUCAACCUCAACUCGCCAGAAAAUCUGUACCCCAAGUUUGCAUCUCCCUGGGCGUCAGCACCGUGUCGACCCCAGGACAUCGACUUCCAUGUUCCAUCUGAGUAUUUAACCAACAUUCACAUAAGGGACAAGGUAUGUACCUCAGAGACAGAAUAAACCCAGGGUUGGGUUGCUGUUGGCCAACAUGGCCACAACACACCACCAUUCACCC